AUGACAUUUUCCAAUAGUGAUCUCAACAAAUUAAACAAACGCCUUGAUGUGAUACUCGAGGACGUUACAACUUCCAAACAAAGCGAAGAACCGCCUCUUGUGGCACCAGCAUGUACUAUUGGAGUAACGCAGAAGGACAAAACCGUUUACCUCAAUACUAAAGGAGUAACAAAUCUCGAUACCAAGCAGCCUUCAACCAAUGAUCACUUAUACGCGUUUUAUUCUUGUACUAAAUCGUUGACAGUUAUGGGGGCUUUGAUAUUGUAUGAGAGGGGUCAAUUGGAUUUAGAUACUCCAGUGUCAAAGUACUUUCCUGAAAUUUCCACAGUUGGGGUUCUCGAGCCAGGAAUUGUUGACAAGAAAACAGGUGACUUCAAAAAGCCUUUGCUGUUACCCAAGACUCAAGUAACAGCAAGACAUUUGAUGACACACACAGCUGGUUUCUCAUAUGGGUUUAUCCAUCCUGAUUAUUUUACCUUGAUCACAAAAGGGAAACCAAGAUUAGAUGCAGCGAACCCGACUUUAGAGUUUUUCUUACACAAGACACCAUUGGUGUUUGAACCAGGUACAAAUUGGAUGUAUGGACAUAGUAUCGAUUGGUUGGGUUUUGUUAUUGAAAAAAUAUCGGGUCAGAAAUUGGGGGAGUUUUUGAAAAAGGAGAUUUUUGACCCGAUUGGUAUGAGCUCAUGUGCAUUCCAUCAGAAUAGCUACGAUAAUAUGAAUCGAGUUCACUAUAGAAAGCAAGAUGGUACAUUGAAGUUGCAAGAAAAGUUCGGCUUACCUUUGAACCCUAAUUUGGAUUUGGGUGGUCAAGGAUGUUUUGGAACAGUUGGAGAUUAUUUGAAGUUUAUACGAGUUUGGUUAAAUUUUGGCUACAGUCCCGAUGGCAACAAGAGAAUCUUGUCAGAAAAGACAGUUGAAUAUGCGGUACAGAAUCAUUUACCUGAAAAUGUUGAGUUGGAAUUCGUUGGAUUGGCACACAAUUUUGUGGAUGAUGAUGCGCCAGGUAAACUGCAAGAUGGAUGGACACUCACUGGAAAUGCAUACAAUUCGAAUCAAUUGCCAAGUGGUAGACCCAAGGGAACUUUAUAUUGGGGUGGAUUGGCAAAUUUGCUGUAUUGGAUUGAUUUCAAGAAUGGAAUUGGUGGGUUUUUUGCUGUGCAAGUAUUGCCAUAUAUGGAUGAAUAUGUUGUUCCAUAUAUCGCAAAAUUUGAAUCUGAGGUCUAUGCCGUUGUUGACGGAGAAGACAAUCAAGUUCCAUCCAAAUUGUAG